GUUUUGUAGCAGGUAUGCUUACCUUGAACUAUGCAAUGAUGUACCUUGAACUAUGCAAUGAUGUAUUCACAGGUAUGCAGAUGGAUUGGUCAAGACAAGCUUCCAAUAUAGAUCUAGAUCUAUAGAUUUGCUGCUGUGGACGUGCUUGAAGUGACUGACUGACUGACUGAUCUACCGAUGGAUUCUAGCAUCACCGCCUCCCAUGAUGAGUGUCUGACAUGAGCUCCAAGGGAAACGCCAGUGAAGUCUGGAAGUGUCUGCUGCCCUCAGGAGGAAUCUGAGUGUCUCGGAGACAUUCUCUGGAUGAGAUCUGGAUGAGACAAGAAGAGAAGAAGAAGUAGUGAGAACAUUCCCCCCACAGAGGACCCAAACCAUGGGCUUGUUAUGGUGCCAGGCACGCCGGACUGAUCGUGUGUUCCUAGCCCGUCAGUAGCACCACCACCCCCCUCACCCCUCCUCCCCCCAACCCCAUGUCAGACCUUUCUCUGAAUGAUGGAAAUUUUGCGGAAGACGCUGACUUGUAUAUUGAUAUUGAGCCUGGUGGUGGUCAUGGCUUUCUCUGAAUUUCAAAGACUUUCGCACAACUCACAAGUGGAGUACCUGUCCUACCUGCAGCACUACCAGCUGACUGUGCCGAUGCAGGUGGACGAGAACGGGGACUUCCUCAGCUACACUGUGAAACACCACCGGCCCGGUCGCAGGAGACGAACCGCCGACCCAACCAGCACCGCUGUCGGCCCAGAGCCAACCGGCCGCGCCGAACAGGACCCGGCCCAGACCCGAGUCUUCUACAGACUGUCGGCUUACGGAAAGCACUUUCACUUGAACUUGACCCUCAACCCCCAGCUGGUGUCCAAACAUUUUACGGUGGAGUACUGGGGGAGAGAGGGCCUGGAGUGGAGACAUGACAUGGUGGAGAACUGCCACUAUGUAGGAUACCUGCGGGAUCAGUACACCUCCACCAGAGUAGCGCUCAGUAACUGUAAGGGCUUGCACGGCGUUAUUACCACAGAAGAAGAGCAGUAUUUAAUAGAGCCAUUAAAGAAUAUAUCGUCCACCACUUCCAGCCAAUGGGACCAGGGAGAAGGACAGCAGCAUGUUAUUUAUAAAAAGUCUUCCAUUCCCUCGCCGCGGCAGCAACCCGGCCAACACGAGUUCAGCUGUGGCAUCUCAGACCUCACAAAAAACGCGAGCCCGUGCCAACAUAGCACUCCUUCCCCAACCUCUCCAACCUCUUCUCCCUCGUCCUCUCCCACCCCAGCCCCUGGGUCCAACAGCACCCUGCCCGGGGGGGGCCACAGACGGAGGCGGUCACUCAGCACGGAACGUUUCGUAGAGACCCUGGUGGUAGCUGAUAAGAUGAUGGUUGGUUACCAUGGCCGCAAAGACAUCGAGCAUUACAUCCUGUCUGUGAUGAAUAUUGUUGCCAAACUUUACCGUGAUGCCAGCCUAGGAAACGUUGUGAACAUUAUAGUAACCCGCCUGAUCGUACUGACUGAAGACCAGCCCAACCUGGAGAUCAACCACCAUGCAGACAAGUCUCUAGACAGCUUCUGUAAGUGGCAGAAGUCCAUCCUCAGUCACCAAGGAGACGGGAACAGCAUCCCGGAGAACGGCAUGGCUCACCAUGACAACGCUGUCCUCAUCACACGACUUGAUGUCUGUACUGCCAAAGUUACAUCACCUCAGCCUUCUGCUGCUAUAGGGCUUUCCACCGUCUCUGGGAUGUGUGAGCCGGAGAGAAGUUGCAGCAUCAAUGAAGACAUCGGCCUGGGUUCUGCUUUCACCAUCGCUCACGAGAUUGGCCACAAUUUCGGGAUGAACCAUGAUGGAAUAGGAAACUCAUGUGGGACUAAAGGCCACGAGGCAGCCAAGCUGAUGGCGGCCCACAUCACAGCUAACACCAACCCCUUCUCCUGGUCGGCCUGCAGUAAGGACUAUAUCACCAGCUUCCUCGACUCAGGUCGGGGGACGUGUCUGGACAAUGAACCUCUGAAACGAGACUUCCUGUACCCAACAGUGGUCCCGGGGCAGGUGUACGACGCAGACGAGCAGUGUCGCUUCCAGUAUGGAGCUUCCUCACGACAGUGCAAAUAUGGGGAAGUGUGUAGAGAGCUCUGGUGCCUUAGCAAAAGCAACCGCUGUGUCACCAACAGUAUCCCUGCUGCCGAGGGGACCUUGUGUCAGACGGGAAGCAUCGAGAAAGGGUGGUGCUACCAGGGGGAGUGUGUGAUAUUUGGGACGUGGCCCCAGAGUGUGGACGGAGGCUGGGGUCCCUGGUCGUCGUGGGGGGAGUGCAGCAGGACCUGUGGAGGGGGAGUCUCUUCCUCCAUGAGACAUUGUGACAGCCCAGCGCCUUCUGGAGGAGGGAAGUACUGUCUCGGAGAGAGGAAGCGCUACAGAUCGUGUAACACAGACGCAUGCCCAUCGGGAUCCCGGGACUUCCGGGUGAAGCAGUGUGCCGACUUCGACAGCAUGCCGUUCCGUGGGAAAUACUACAACUGGAAGCCCUACACUGGAGGUGGCGUGAAGCCGUGUGCUCUGAACUGUCUGGCGGAGGGAUAUAACUUCUACACCGAGCGCUCCCCGGCCGUCAUCGAUGGAACACGCUGCCAGGCCGACUCACUGGACAUCUGCAUCAAUGGAGAGUGCAAGCACGUAGGCUGUGACAACAUCCUGGGUUCGGACGCCAAGGAGGACCGCUGUCGGGUGUGUGGAGGGGACGGCAGCACCUGUGAGGCCACAGAGGGACUGUUCAAUGACUCCCUACCCAGAGGCGGUUACAUGGAGGUUGUUCUGAUACCAAGGGGAUCAGUCCACAUAGAAAUCCAAGAAGUCUCCAUGUCCAAGAACUACAUCGCGUUGAAGUCAGAGGGAGAUGACUACUUCAUCAACGGAGCGUGGACCAUCGACUGGCCCAGGAAGUUUGACAUCGCAGGGACAGCGUUCCACUACAAGAGGCCACUUGACGAACCUGAGUCGCUAGAGGCCCUGGGGGCCACCACGGACAACCUAGUCGUCAUGGUUCUUCUCCAGGAGCAGAACAUGGGGAUCCGUUAUAAGUUUAACGUUCCCAUCCAGAGGACAGGAAGUGGGGACAAUGAGGUGGGCUUCUCCUGGCACCAUCUGGCCUGGUCCGACUGCUCCACCACCUGCGCUGGAGGUUCUCAGAAGCAGGAAGUGCUGUGUAAGCGUCUGGAUGAUAACUCGGUGGUGCAGAACAGCUAUUGUGACCCAGACAACAAACCUCCGGAGAACCAGAGGUCCUGCAACACUGAACCGUGCCCUCCGGAGUGGUUUAUCGGCGACUGGUCGGACUGUGGGAAGACGUGUGGCGGCGGGAUGCGGACUCGGACGGUUCUGUGCAUCAGGAAGAUGGGGCCUGCCGAGGAGGAGACCCUGGAGGACAGCCACUGUCUGACGCACCGACCAAUAGAACGAGAGGCCUGCAACAACCAGUCCUGCCCCCCUCGGUGGGUCACUCUGGAUUGGUCAGAGUGCACGCCCAAAUGUGGCCCUGGGUUCAAGCACCGCAUUGUGCUGUGUAAGAGCAACGACCUGACCAAGACCUUCCCGCCCGCCCACUGUCCGUCCCACAGGAAGCCUCCCGUCAGGACCCGCUGUAGUCUGGGACGCUGUCCGCCACCUAGAUGGAUCCCAGGGGAAUGGGGACAGUGCUCAGCGCAGUGUGGACUGGGCCAGCAGAUGCGGACGGUGCAGUGUCUCUCUUACACGGGCCAGCCCUCCAGUGACUGUCCCGAGGGCCUCAGGCCCACUGCCAUGCAGCAGUGUGAGAGCAAGUGUGACGCCAUGCCCAUCGCCAACGGUGACGAAUGCAAAGACGUAAACAAAGUGGCAUAUUGCCCACUGGUGCUGAAGUUCAAGUUCUGUGGCCGUGCGUACUUCAGACAGAUGUGCUGCAAGACGUGCCAAGGACGCUGACCUACUGAGAGAGAGGGAGGGAGAGAGAGAGAGAGAGAGAGAGAGAGAGAGAGAGAGAGAGAGAGAGAGAGAGAGAGAGAGAGAGAGAGAGAGAGAGAGAGAGAGAGAGAGAGAGAGGGAGAGAGAGAGAGAAGGAAGGAGCUGGAGGGGAAAGAGCGAGACAGACAACGGGAAGAGUGAAAGAAACGCAAGACCAGUAGAAGAGGAGGAGGAACGAGGAUUAGGAGACACUGGGACAAGAGAAGAAAAGAGGGAUUUACCCGUUUGUUACACCUGCUACGCCCUCAACCCCCCCCCCCCCCCCCAGCCCCAUCAUCACCGUGGAAACCUAACCACUGCUCAGCAGACACGCUGACACAGACGUUUAUUGCCGUCACUUCUGUGAAGUGGGAACCUUAGAGGAUUAUUGUUACUGAUGUUAUUUUUUAUUAUAAUAAUAAUAAUGAAUAUUAUUUGUAUUAUUUUAUUGUCGUCUGAUUGUUGUCGUUGUUCGUCGCCGUUGUUGUUUUUUGAAUCCAAUGUGCUGGACACGUCACACAUCGAGCGGAAGCACCGCAGGGAUGUAGGGAGUAGCCACUGGAAGGGGGAGAGGAGGAAGGAGUGUAGCUUAAAAAUGGAGGUGGGGGUCGUAAUGUUGCUCUACGGACAGACAGACAGACGUCGGCUCCAGUGCACAAGCGUGCGUGAAUAUCCCAUAAAUUACACCUAAACACUCCCACAUCAUCAAACCCACCAGUACUGUAAUGAACUCCUGGUCAAGACGUCAUCGCCCGUAGUGUCCUUCAAGCGUUUUGUAUUAAAUCUGUCUGCGACUAUGCCACGUGUUGUCAGUAGAGUCCUGGAGGGCGAUGAGAUGACAGAGGGCAUGUUUCUAAAAAAAAUGUUCAGUGCUGGAACCAGAAAACGAGGUGCUGUGUGCCACUUCCGUGUUAUCAGAGGAGCUGAACACAAGGGCGGGGGGGGGGAGUGCUACGGUCAGAUCAUUCUUUUGUUAUAUGUUGGCGUCUCUUCUUUUCUGUCUUCCAAAAAGGAGGGGUGCCUUCGUCUUAAACAACACUCACGUUGUGCCAGAACCCUUAAGGAGGAGGCCCAUUGCUGGGGCAAAAGAAUGGAUUUGUGAAAAGGUCCCUAAUAUUGCAAACUGCACCAUUUGUCAAUGAAGUAGUGAACUGGCUUUGAAGGACCUUAUUGUUGUUACCAUUAUCGUUAUUAUCAUGUAGUUAUUAUCAUGUAGUUCUUAUCGUGUAGUUCUUAUCGUGUAGUUCUUAUCGUGUAGUGGUUGUACUCCACCUCCAAAUAGCCUCAUCAAAAGGCAUUGGAGACAGUUGCUGUUCGUGAACGAUACUGUAAUCAAAGCCGGAGGUCCUCUGUAUCAGCUCCAUAGCAGUGUAUGUGUAGGGCUGAGGUUUCAUCAGCGUGGGAAGAACGCACAGCCUCUUCAGCACUGUGGCUGGAGUUAAGUGAAGGGCCAGUACUCGCACACACACGUCCCUCCCAGCAGACCACGACGUGUUGCCAGACCACGCAGAUCCGGUCUGCCACGGACAGACUACCUCCAGAUACUGUCACCCCCCUCUGCCCCCCACCCCCAUUCUUCGAAGAGAGUACAAAAAGCAAAUAACAGAAUAUUAUGCAACUCAAUGGUGCUUUUUCUUCUUUUUUAUUCCGGUGGAAUACUGUUUGUUUCCGUUGCCACCUCCUCGUUUCCUCUUCAAGUGGGAGGCCUUUCCUGGCUUCACCCUGGCUCCCCCAGGCUCUUCUCCCUGGCUCUUCACCCUGGCUCCCCCAGGCUCUUCUCCCUGGCCCUUCUCCCUGGCUCUUCACCCUGGCUCCCCCAGGCUCUUCUCCCUGGCCCUUCUCCCUGGCUCUUCACCCUGGCUCCCCCAGGCUCUUCUCCCUGGCCCUUCUCCCUGGCUCUUCACCCUGGCUCCCCAGGCUCUUCUCCCUGGCCCUUCUCCCUGGCUCUUCACCCUGGCUCCCCCAGGCUCUUCUCCCAGGCUCUUCUCCCUGGCUCUUCUCCCUGGCCCGUGGUGCUAUAGAAACGGGUGCAUUCACUCCCCACUACCAUACAGUGACUAUAGGCUGGAUCUGUUCGGAGCAAUAUGAACACUAAGACAGUAUCUAUGUUUGUUAAUGCCGGCAAUGUUGUUGUUUGUUUCAAAUGAUCUCUUCUUACCUCACACUGGGAACUUUCAUUGAUGGCGAGGUAUCCGUGGAGUAACCUCGCACACCCAAACACAACACCGCCACCCCUGACCCCUGACCCCUAUACAUGGAAUUCCAGCCAGUUGUAUCCUGUAUUAUUCCUAGCCGUGUCAAACAUUCCUCCAAUGUAAACCUCACCCAAGUGACAUUGCUGCUGGCGUUGGUUCGGGGGUUUGUGAAAAGGGACCGCCACCUGUGUGUGGAACUGACCCACAGUUCCAGACAGCCUCAGACCCCUAUGGAGCCAUGCUGCGGAGGAUAAACCAGUAGGACUUAACGGGAGUCAUAAACGGACCACGUGGGGACUGCCACAAUCAUACGACGACUACGCUACUUUUGUUUUGCUGCUGCUACUUAUUUGGUAGCCACCUCCACAUUGAACCAGGACGUUUGGACAUUAGUGGAUACGAUGAAAACGAAAGCAUUUGACACGUAUUGAACUCCACAUGCUGGGGCUUCUUCCAGGGCUCUCUCGGUGUCAAAUCCGGAGGCUUGAAGUAACAGUUUAUUGGCAUUGGGACACAGAGCCGACAGACGGACAGAGAGACAGACUGACUUGACAGAGGCACUCUAGAAGAUGCUCAUUCCAACUGGUACUCAUAGCUGUGAACUUGGACGUUAUGAAUGUCACGUUGCUUUACCACCUUCAAGGGCAAGAGAGACAUGAAAAAGAAGAAGCAUUAUUUGAUUAGUUGCGUAUAUUUUAUAUUCAGUAUUAAUGUUGGUACACUGUUACUAAUAUUUUUUUUUUUACAUUGAAAAUGAAAUGCUAAUUUAUUGCCAUGUGUCACUUGUCAUACAUUUGCUUCACUGCAUGCGAACAUAACGUCAGUCUCGUGAAAAAUAAAUGCAGUGAAAUUAGGGCCCCUUCACCGAACUGAUUUAACGUAGAUACAUUACGAAAAUAAAGAGAGCAGCUUCCGAAGA